CGACUGUACCCCGGCACGCAACGACUAGCGAGAGACAAAAAAAAGUCUCACAUUUUCCUCUUAUUUUGCUUUUACCCCAUCAAUUUCGAGACCAUGAAGCAUCAAGCAUCUGCUCUAUUACAACCCAGGAUUUAUGUGAGCGGGUCUCUCUGUGGAGUUUGUGGUGUUCUUUCUAGUUUGCUGUUUGUUUUUGUUGGACACUGGAUCUGUGCUGUUAUAGUUCUGUUAUAGGUUCAACAAAUUACCACUCUUUUUCAUUUUUAUUUGUGUUUUUAGUUUUUAAUUUCAGAUAGUGCUGUUCUAAAAUUUUCCAACUAUGGUAUAUUGUUUGUUACUUAAUAUAUUAGUGUUUCAGAACAAACUAAGCCCUUGAUAUAAGACAUCUUUUUUUGGACGAAUAUCUGAUGCAAUAAAAAAUUAUAAAUUAUACUCCGUGAUUGAUUAGGACAGUAUGUUUUAACUAUUAAAUUUAAUGCAUUAUUUUUUUAUUUUUUAAAUAUAUGACUCAAUGUGAUGCUCAUGAGCACCUUUCAACCAAUUAAUAAUAGGUAGUGUAAAUGUUGAAGUUAUACAACCAACACAAGGAAGCUUAUUAUAUUCAUUUAUAUCUGCAAAAUGUAACAAAUACAUUAACAUAUCAGAGAGAGAUAGUGUGCAUAUGUGUUCCUAUAUAUAUGCAUCAUAAGUGGCUUUAUAUAAGGCAACCUGGUUUCUUUUUUACAUUAAAAAUAAACCACUAAACACUUCAUAUCUUUUUGGAAAUGUAGAAGAAACCAAUAGGAGCCUGUUGGGUGCCAAGUUAGUGCCUGAGUGCCCAGCCUAAAAAACUUUACUGAUCAGGAGCACUAAGCUGUGCCAUUUAUGCAUUUACUAAGCCUUCAAGUUGUUAAGAGUCCCUCAAAAUGCACAAAUUGUUGAAGCACUGAUUGCUUGGUGCUCCUUGAGCAUUCAAGUCUAUUUCUGCAUUCCAUAGGUCCAUGCCCUUAGAAAUGUUAUGAAUGUAUAGGUCACAGUAAACACCUGGUUCAAUUAAUGGCCUAAUCAAGAAAUUAUAUUGAGCAGAAUAUAUUGUUGCCAUUUAUGUUUAACACCUUGUAAAAAUUGGAGUACAAAUCAUUAAAACACUGCUUACUAGGUGUGUAGUUGAGGAAGCACUUAGUAAGACCUAUUCUUAUCUUUUUCCUUUACGUGAGGGUGCCUAGGUGACCACCUAAGCUGAUUGUUCAAGAGUAUUUCUUAUUUAAUAUUGAAUUUUCACACAAUUGAAUACUUAAAACCUACGAGAGAUUACAUAGAGAUUUUCUAUUCAUAAGUAAAAUUUGGUAUGAAUGGACUUUUCAACACCUAUAAUUUUGACUUAUUUUUUAGAUGGGCAAAGAGUAAUUUUAUUUUAUUUUAUUUUAUUUGUUGUGCUGCUUUUACUUUUCAAUCAAUGGUAAAUUUAUUCCUGCUUAAGGACCUCUAUAUUCACUUGUAUAGUUUUCUGGGGAUAUUAUGCUAGCUUUUAGUUUUUUUUUGUUAUUUUCCUUCUUUUUUCAGCUUGUUCUCAAAACUGUGUUGCAUAUGAAUUUUUUAUGCUCCUUUUGUCUCACUUUGUGUGAUACAUAUAUUGAUCACUACUCAAAUCAGCUCCAUUGUUUUUUUUUUUUUUUAUUUGAAGUUCAAUUUUGCCUAUAGUAGAGCAUUUUUUUUUACAAUAAUUCAUUUCUACUCACUAAAAGUAAAUUGAAUAUUACAGAAAGUUAAAUGGAAAUAGCCGCAAUCAAGUAAGGCUUCUCACAUAAUCAUUUUCAGGAUAGAGCAGAUCUCAAGAAAUAAAUAGAUGAAGGACCGACGAAAAAUUUCCGAUACCAUUUGUUGGAAACGUGAGAAGCAUUCUCAAGAAGCGGUGGUACUCAUGUAUUAUCAGUAAGAACUCCUCAGACAGCUCUCUUUGGCACAGUAAAGAACAAAAAGAGCAGGCUGUUUCAUCAGUUUAAGGUUGCAUUGACGACAUGGCUGCGGGGAAGAUACACGCUUCUGACUCCCGUAAUGCUUGUGGUGUGUCUGGGGAGCCACUAAUACUCCCUCGAGUGGGGGAUGAGUAUCAGGUUGACAUUCCACCAUAUACACAAAUUUGGACUGAUGGUGACAACUCUUGGGAUUCAUAUGUUGGAUUGCAUAUACCUUUAAGGUGGGCAAACCAGGGAAGAAGGACAAACAAAAGACUGGAUAGUAUCUUGGAUGAUGGAAAAUUAGAAAAUAUGUCCAUUGAUGAGAAACAGCCAAAAGGGGAAUGCCCAGACUCCUGUUUAGUUCCAGAUGGCGAUGUUGAUCCAUUGACCAAUAUUGAGAAGAAAACUUUUCUUCUUGGUCUCUAUGUAUUUGAGAAAAACUUUGCUCACUUGAAAAGGUUCCUUCAAACGAAAAGGACAUGUGACAUAAUGUCAUAUUAUUAUGGGGAGUUUUAUAGAUCUGAUGAGUACCGUAGAUGGUCUGACGGUCGAAAAGUCAAAAGCCGGAAGUGUGUUUACGGGCAAAAACUGUUUAUUGGAUCAAGGCUGCAGGAACUGUUAUCUCGCUUACUUCCCAACAUGUCAGCAGAUCGCCGAAAUGAAUUAUCGGAGAUUUCCAGAAGAUUUGGGGAGGGAAAGGUACGUUUGGAAGAAUAUGUCUUUACUUUGAAGUGUAUGGUUGGGAUAAACACUCUUAUAGAAGCAGUUGGAAUAGGCAAAGGAAAACAAGACCUCACAAAUGUAGCCUUAGAACAUACAAGGUCCAGUCAUGCCUUAACCAUGCGUUCGGAGGUACCUACUGGCAAAGCUUGCUCCUCUCUUACUCCCACCGAAAUUAUCAAAUAUCUCACUGGAGGUCAUCGGCUGAGCAAAACACGGUCUAAUGAUUUGUUUUGGGAAGCUGUCUGGCCACGUUUACUGGCAAGAGGUUGGCAUUCUGAGCAACCUAAAAAUACAGCUUAUGCUGCUAGCUCCAAGCAGGGUUUGGUUUUUCUUAUGCCUGAUGUUAAAAAGUUUUCUCGGAAAUUCAUCAAGGGGACCCACUAUUUUGACUCUGUUACAGAUGUUCUGGCCAAAGUUGCUUCUGAACCUAAAUUGCUUGACCUAGAUUCAGAAGAUCAAGAUGGCAACGAGAACCAAGGAGGAAAAGUGCAUGGUGUAGCAAAGGUGGACACUGAUGAUCUGUCUAUAAUAAGAAGCCACUUGUAUCUUCAACCGAGAACUCCUAAUCAAUCUGAUGACAUGAAAUUUACAGUCGUUGAUACCAGCCUAUGUAAUUCUAAACCCUACAAAGUGAGGGAUUUUAGAAGCUUGCCAUUAGAAGUUUCAAAGAAACUGUGCCUUCAAAGUAAUUUUGGAGAUACUUCAAAGGACAAUAAUAAAGUGUCUACUGGCCCUGAUUCUAUUAAUCCCAUUUCCCUUGAUCAAAGUGAGCCAAUUCGUUUUGGAUCCAAUACAAGCUUACAUAGUGGGGAAACAUCUCCUGGCAGGAUUGAUCUUGAAAUUGGCACUAAGAACCUGAAAAUAUCACAUUUCAGAAGCCAAGAGGUCCAUGGAAGCAAUGUCUUGAAUAAUGAAGAUCUUUCUGAUGAUGCCAAGUCAAUAGAAGUGGUGGAAGUGAAGCCCUGUAUCAGCCAUAGAGUAAGAAAAGAUUAUGUAAACAAUAUAGUCCCUGUUUCCAAACGUUCUCGGAGACUAUCUGCUUGUAAUCGCACUGCGACAAGAAAUAUAGGUUGUGUUUCUAGAGGGGAGGUGGCAAUGUCCAGUUGCAGUUCAAGCAUGAAUACCAUGCCUGCAAACAAUGCUUUGCAGAUGGGAUCCCUUCAUGACAAAAUUUCAACAACUAUUUCAUCAAAAAGUAGCCCUUCUAUGAACAUUGAACGUGUACCUGUUAAUAGUUCUUCUUUUGCAGAAGUGUCUCCUGCUGAACAUCAACCAAGGAUCUUAAUCGAUCUUAAUGUGCUCCCAGUCUCGUCAGAUUCCGAAAAUGGACUCUCUGUAAUAGAUAUCACUGAAGAUCAAACUGAUAGCCUAAAUAAACCUGAAAGUCACUUUGAACAGAAGGUGUUAAGCAGCGUCAAUACUUCUUCUGAUCAGCAGCAUCCUGGAAGGAGGCAUAGCACUAGAACCCGUCCUCCAACUACAAGGGUACUGGAAGCUUUUGCCAAUGGGUUCUUGACUGUAAACAAAAGGCAGAAGAAUAAAGAAGUCAUUGGCUCACAACAAGACCAUGGAAAAACAAAGACUGUUGGGCUUGGCAAUAACUCUCAAGUUUCCAAGAUGGAAGAAGAAAAGGAUCAUGUUUGCAAUAAGGAAAGAAAUGAUGUGUUCGGCAAAUUCAAGCCUCCACCAAACGGAAAUGGAGGAAGCAUCACAGGCCUCUGAAUUUGUGAACAGUGUUCUCUCCUAUUCAGCGAUUAAAACUGGUUGCAGCUAUAUUGUAUGAUUCUUAUUUUUGUCAAGCUGCUCCUCUAACAAGGUGAAGACAAAUGAAUGAGCUAAUUGUUGCUGUAUAAUCUUUGUUGAUAUCUUGUUGCUGGAAGUGAGCCCCAAGGAUUCGUUUAUUCUCAUCCAUCUUGUGCAUUUUAUCUUUUUUUUUUCGUCUGUUGCUUUCCUUGUUGAUAGUGUUAUGCAACUCACCUACAGCAUAUGAAUGUGCGACUUAGUUCAGUUCUGGAGAUAGUGGAUGUAUAUAUUACAUCGGUUUUAGAUUUCCUCCAUAGUUGUUUUUGUUUGUAUCUCCAUGACAGAGCGGAAACGUGUUGAUUUUAUAGAAAUUAAAUAUAGCUAUAGCAAUUCAAAUGUAGUUCUGUGAGACCCCAUUUGUUAAUGAUGAUAUGCACAAUGACUGGGAAAAUACUUUGUGUACUCCAAUCUCCC